GAAACAACGGACGAGGUAAGAAACAAGUUCAGCUCGUAAGCAGAAAAGGUGAGAAAUAUCGCGUAAUUGGCAAGCAGCAAAGUACCUAUAAAAAGUAAUUUUUUAAAAAAGUAGAUUUUCGCUUCGAAGGUGAACGUGAUAGUCAGCUCCAUCUAGUCUGGUGUGCGCUAUGCAUUUGCUAGUUUGGUUUGCUUGACAGUAGCACGGAACAUCGAUAAAAGCGUGGAAUUUCUAAGCCAGAAAAACCUCAGGCUCCUUACAGACCAAUUCUUUAGAGUAAAAAACAAAACAACAACAACUGGCGGUGAGGUCACCAUCACCAUCAGUGGUGGCAUGCAACAGCUGCUAAAUGAAACCGGCUUUUUAUAUUGAAAUACUCGUACGUCGAUUGGGUAGCAGACACUUUUGUGCUGCGCGUAUCGUUUUUCAUUAAUAAUGUCGCAUUGUGUUGCAAGUGUUAUUUAGAGCAACAGUAAUACUCAACGAGGCAAGCAAGGCACUGUGAAUUUUAACGUAGUACUUAAUUAAUGUAGAAACUUAAAAACGCUGUGAAAAUGUGUCUCAAAUUCACAUUAAUACUCUUAUUUCUAAGUCAACUCAUGUAUUCGUUUGGGCAUGCCGAAGAAACUACAACCGAAUCUAAUAAGCAACGAUUGAGUACACCUUUGCCCAAUUUGCCAGCGAAUCAUUUGAUACGGUAUCUGAACACAUUCCCGCAAGUACUCGAAGAGUGUGCGUUCAGUGAAGAGUGUCAGCGCGCCAUUCACACGAACGUCUCUGAAACAAAUGCAUAUGACGCAGCGAUGAUGAUAUCAGAAGCGGUAGCAACCGCGUCUAUGCCCGCCGCUGCUUGUUGGGGCCAUGAACUUGAUUGUGAUGUGAAGACCCGAUUUCAAACGCCCACCUGUCCAGGUGAACACAACGGCUGGGUGCAAAGUAAGACAACACAAGUGAGCACAUUUUAUUACCAAGCAGACUUUGGUUAUAUACAACAACAAAUCAGCGAACUGUCGCUUAUGUGCGAGCCUAGGUAUAUCACCGAUUCGUCAUUAGAGUGCAGCAAGUAUUUACGCUUUUGUCGCGGGCGCAAUCUGUUGUUUGAUUUCCGUGAUUUGGCAAAUCGUAAAGAAUUAAUACGCUACCACAUGGAUGUGUUGAAGCCACGUCAGUUAUUGGGGCAUUGUCAGUUAAAUAGAACUCGCUUGGAAGCAGAGCUAGAUCACAUGGGUGCGCUGCAGUCUUGGGCCCCAGAGCUACGCAAUUUUGACGAAUUACCAAUGUCGGUAAUGACAAGUAGCGAGUGCGACUUGGUGGUUGAUACACCCACUUUUAUUAUGAAAAUCGAUGCUACUUAUAAUAUGUAUCACCAUUUCUGCGAUUUCUUUAAUUUAUACGCCUCACUUUUUGUAAAUCAAUCACAUCCGUUGGCAUUCCAUACUGAUUCUCGUAUAUUGGUCUGGGAAACAUAUCCCUAUGAUUCGCCUUUCGCAGAGACCUUCAAGGCAUUUUCCGAUAAACGUAUAUGGACGUUAAACGAUGUGAAAGGAAAGCGUGUAUGUUUUCGAAAUGUAGUAUUGCCCCUGCUACCACGCAUGAUUUUUGGUUUAUUUUACAAUACGCCACUUAUCAAUGGCUGUCAAGGAAGUGGCUUAUUUCGAGCCUUUUCUGAAUUCAUUCUACAUCGUUUACAAAUACCAUAUCGUCCACCGCUACCGCAAGCCAAAUUACGUAUUACCUUACUUUCCCGUCGCACAAAAUAUCGACAAAUUUUAAAUGAAGAUGAGCUGUUAGAGGAAAUUGCCGCCAACAGUAGUUACCAUGUACAACGUAUCUCUUUUGAAAGGGGACUCUCAUUCAGUCAACAAUUGGCUAUCACACGUAACACAGAUAUACUUAUUGGAAUGCAUGGAGCUGGUCUUACCCAUUUGCUAUUCUUGCCCAACUGGGGCACGAUUUUCGAAUUAUAUAAUUGUGAAGACCCAAAUUGUUAUAAAGAUUUGGCGCGUCUACGUGGAAUUGACUACAUUACUUGGGAGCGUGAUGAAUUACUUUAUCCACAGGAUGAGGGCCAUCAUCCGCAAGGUGGGGCUCAUGCUAAAUUUACAAAUUACCGCUUUGACUCAAAAGAAUUUGUACGACUUGUGGCAAGAGCAGCGGAACAUGUAUGGGCACAUAUUGAGUUCCAAAAGUUCCAUACACAGAAGAGUGUUAAUCUCCAGACGAGCCAAAACAAACAUGAUCGGACCAUGCCAGAGAAAGAUGAGCUAUAGACUUGCUUUUUAUUCAGUAUUUAAACCUUUGUAAUUGUGAUCUUGAAUAGUUUUAAAAAUAUACGCUUAUAAGUCUUAUAUAAGUGAAA